AUCCUGAUGCAGCAAUUAUUUCUCUUUCAGUGAUGCUACAGCCUUUUGAUUAUGACCCUAAUGAGAAAAGUAAACACAAGUUCAUGGUCCAGUCGAUGUUUGCACCACCUGAUACUUCAGACAUGGAAGCAGUAUGGAAAGAAGCAAAGCCAGAAGAACUGAUGGAUUCUAAACUUAAAUGUGUGUUUGAGCUGCCAGCAGAAAACGAUAAACCCCAUGAUGUAGAAAUAAAUAAAAUUGUAUCCCCAGCUGCAACAAAGACAGAAUCUUCUGUAAUGUCAAAAUCAUUAAGUUCUUCUUCGGAUGACAGUGAAAUGAAGAAAGUAAUGGAAGAAUGUAAGAGGCUGCAGUUAGAAGUUCAGAGGUUACGAGAGGAGAAUAAACAAUUUAAGGAAGAAGAUGGACUGAGGAUGAGGAAGGCACCCCAGUCAAACCAUCCAAGCUAUGCUUCCGCUGCUGCUGUGAAGGAGGAGGGUCUCAGCACAAGACUACUCGCGCUGGUGGUUUUGUUCUUUAUUGUUGGCGUAAUUAUAGGGAAAAUCGCCUUGUAGAGGCAGCAUGCGGAAAAUUGUAAAUUGGAUUGAUGGAUUUGCCAUAUCAUUGGAUUAAAUUUAUUCGUAACAAAUGUUUUAAAAAAAAGUGUAUGACAUCUCACAGGUCUUGCCUUUUAAAAUUUUUACCCCUGCACAAAUAUAACAUUAGCAUAACAUAAUCUACUAGAAAGUUUAAACUGUAUACGGAAUAAGCAGAAGAGAGAAGGAAUUAUCUUGAUUGUGAGAACAGAGGAAGGAAUCAUGUAUUUAACACUAUGAAAGUGCAUUGUUUAAAAAAAAAGUACCUUAAGCAUUUCUUGGACUUUGAAAUCUAUUCCUAGAGUUCUCUCCUUUGGAGAAAUAAAUGCCCGUCCUUUGGAGGAGCUGAUCUGUUUGGUUCUUUAGAAGUUGGCUGAAGUUGCCAAGGUGGAUGGUUUUCUGUAAAAUAUACUUAACCCACCCUGCCUCCUCCAUAAAUCUAACGGUUCUGCCCAAUGGGUGUGACUGGUCUCUGAAUCGCAGCAAUGUAUCUCAUUAAUCAGGUGUUGAUUCCAUUAUGACCUAUAUAAGCAUGGCCAUCUUUCUCUAGCUCCCAUGUCAUCCCAUGCAGUUGUGGAAGAAUGGAACAAAAAAAGGGGAAGGAGGGAGGACAGAUUCAUGAGCCAGAAGGGGAACCAGGACUUCUGAGUUGACAGUGUUGCUGCAGUUGGUCCCGGCCAGUCUGUGUAUGGCUUGGGCAUCACCAAAGGUUUUUAGAAUGUUCUAGCUAUAUCCGGGAGUGGGAAUCAGGAGAAAUGGAAGUGGAGGGCUCAGUUGCACACUUAAAGUUCUGUUGGGUUAGUAGUAAAGGAAAUAAAGUUGCUUGCUGGGGGUUUGAAAACAUAGGGCGCCCAAUUCUUAGUCUUCUUCAGACAAUAUGUUGCACUAAAGUGCUCCAAGCUGAAUUGGGGGUGUGGCACUUAUUCAGACUGGUUUUGCAGUAAGAGGGAGCAUUGUAUGGGCCAUUGCACUUAGCACCCUGACCCUCCCCUCUUGUGGUUAACCUGAUCAGAUAAAUUCCUUUUGACCAUCUGUUUUCCGAUCCAGAUGUGAGUGUUAAUGGGGACCAUAUACUUCUGCCUUCUAAUCUCUUUUUUUUUUUUUUU